AUAUACUGUAUAUGUGUAUAUAUGUGAGACAAAAUGAAAACAUUUUUUGAAUUGUUUCAGGCAGCCCUAUAGCUACAAUUGCAGAAAAUAAUUAGAAAACCCUAGUAAAAGGUUUAGUAACUAAUUGGAUCCUGUGGUGAAUCUGUGGAGGACAAGUUGUUCAUUUGUUACAAUUGUAUAGUCUGAUAUGUGUUCUGCAGUACUGCAAUAAGCUAGUUACUUCUUAACAAUGGGCCCAGUGAAAAAUAAUCUGUCCCUAAGAUGUUAUCAGCAAACACUUAGAGAGUUGCUCAGGAGAAGAGAAAAAAAAAAAAAAGAAAAAAGAAAAAAAAAAAAAAAACCUAAGGGAGAAGCAAGGUUACUGGAAUAGAUUUGAAAUUGAAAUGCUGAAUACUUAAUACUGGAAAAUAGAAGGGAGUGGACUGUGGAGUGGAGACAGGAAAAGAGAGAGAAAGAGAGAGGAUCUUUGUGGUGAAAAAAUAAUUACCACCAAAGAGAGUGAAUGAGAGAGAGAGAGAUAAGGUGAGUGAUAAAGAGAGAGAGAGGCCUAAGAAAGACUAUAAGGGCCAGGAAAAUUAAAAGAGCUGGAACCAAAUAUACACAAAUGGGGAAUGGACAAAAAUAGACCAAGACAGUUAGUUUAAUUAUCUCCUUUAAGCAAUUAGACAUGAUUUUAUUUUCUUAGUAUAAGAACAGUUUAACCAGAGGUUCAAGUUUCCUUGAAAUUUAAGUUAUUCAGAAUGAAGCACAAAAACAUCUCCCAAACAAAUUAUUGUUUUAAAAGCCAAAUUUAUGGCCGAUAUUAAAAAUAGCAAUAAAGUCCAAGUGAAUGGUUUUAGGCAAAGGAAAUCCCUAUUACACAUUUUUAACUGAAAUAGCUCAGAGAGGUAUGUGUCCAAGCUGAAAAAUGGUGAUGAUUUAUUGCUUGCUUUUGCCAUGGAUUUUAUUUGUGGAAUAAGAAUGUAUUAACACAGGGGGAAUAUAGAAUUUUGCUUACCAAACGUUAAAAAGAAGGUUGAACUCUUGUGGUGAGGUAAAGGGAUAUAGGUAUAGAAGAAAGUUUUCCUGCAUGAAUUUUUUUUUGACCACAUUAAAUAACUAUAGUUAUUUGUGAUUAUAAGUGUUCAUUUGGCUGACAGAUAAAUAGAAUUUUAAUGGCAAACAUCAUCCUUUGAAAUCUAGAGUAAAACUGAUUUCUUUGAUUCAUAGAAACGAAGUACUGGAGUAAAAGUUCUGCUUGGACCCAUGUCCAAAUUACAUGUAAUGGAUAUGCCUAGAAGUUUGUUAGGUAUACUAGACAUGAAGGCAGAUAUAUGGAGAGAGAACCUUGGAAAGGCUUCCUGAAGCCCAGUAUGAACAUCUCAUUUCCCUUGAUCUAUCCUAUCAUCCUUCAACUUACCUUCUCAAAAAACACAUGACAGUCUGGAAUGGCAUGUAAUACAUUCUUGCAUCGAACUGGUUGUAAUGUUUUUACUUGUUGUCUCCAACCUUUGACGGUUAAAAUUAGUUAAUGUCAGAAAUAUGCUUCAAAACUUUUUGAGGAUUUUUUUCAUACUUAUAAUUGUUUUUAAUAAGAUGAAGGUUCUCCUUUGUGAGAUUUUGGAACUGAAACUGAUCAAAACUUAAAACUUGAAAUCCCAAAUUAAAGUUUAUUUCCAGGUUUAAAGUAUUUUACUUGAAUUUGUCUGUUGUAAAGUUAACAAAAAAAAUUAAUAUGUAAAACACAGAAAAAUUAUGUAAUUGAACUAGAGGAGUUAAAGUAUUAUUUCAAAUUCGUUUCUUCAGCCUGUUACAAAAUUGGGAACCAAGUGAACAUAAAGUCUAGAACAAAGUUUAAUACAAAUAUACUUAUGGUAAUGGAAGCCUUCAUGUAGUUUCUGUGACUUGCAUAAAAUCAAAAACAGAGAGGCAAAAAUUUAGUCUUGCAGUGUAUUGAUUAACAUAUAUUUAAGUUGGUGCAUAUUUCACCCAAAUACGUAAAUUUAAUAUAUUUCGAAGUCUAUAGAAGUGUGGUUUUUAACAUGUGUUUUCUACAUCAUUGUUGAGGAAUUUGCAUGCUUUGGGAAAACUUUGCUUUUGGGAAAUUAAUUUUAUGAAUAGCUAAAGUGGCUGGUUGUGUUUGAGACUAAAAGCCUGUUGGAGAAUUAGGCUAACAAAGGGUGAAGGUGAAGAUCAUUAGAGGUUUUAGAGCUGGCUGAGAUGGGUUGCUGGGGUUGUGUAACUGUGCCUAGAGGGCGGGGUUCCUGUACAUUCCUACUUCACCAGAUAACCUGCCCCCAACACCACUUCAGCUUCUGCCAGACAGAUGGAACUCUCCAGCAUGAAAAUCUGCGCAGCCAUUCCAACAAGCAGGGCUUUGCCUGAGGUUGUCCGAAGGAUGCCGAGGAAAAGGAUAUCAGGACUGGAAGCGCUCUUACCACAAGAUCAAAUUAUCCAAACACCACCUCACACAGUUUUGGAAUUUCUUCGUCUUUGUUUCCCAGAAUUUGGAAGAGUUCAUCUAGGAUCUCUGGCAGAUGGCUGCCUUGAUUCUACUGGAAAGAGAUCAUCUGCAGAAAAGUACAAAAGAGAAGAGCACAUUAAAUUUUUUCUUUUUAAAAAAACCAACCCCAUAGUUUAAGCAGGCAAAAUACUAAAAUUUAUGUUCUAUUGAUGUCAUUAGCACCCUACAUAUUAUAUAGAGAGUGUGAGAGGAAAAGAGAAGUUUUGGUAAUGUCAUCAUGUAUUUUUAUGUGAUAAACUAAUGAUUUUUGUUUUGUAGCAUAGACUUAGAUUAUCUCACUGUGACCCACAUGCUUUGUGCUAAAAAACAAAGGAAAUGAAACACUAUCUCUAAUUGAUUUCUCUUAAAAACAAAGCAAAAUAAAAACCUGGAAAAGGAAAGAA